AUGCCGGUGCCCGAGCUCCUAGUGCUUUUCGGCAGCCAGACGGGCACUGCCCAGGACCAGGCGGAGAGGCUGGGCCGCGAGGCCAGGCGCCGGCGGCUGGGCUGCCGCGUGCAGGCGCUGGACUCGUAUGCCGUGGCGAAUCUGAUUAGGGAGCCCCUGGUGAUAUUUGUUUGUGCGACCACAGGCCAAGGAGACCCCCCUGACAACAUGAAGAACUUCUGGAGGUUCAUAUUCCGGAAGAACCUGCCAUCCACCUCCCUCUGUCAGAUGGACUUUGCUGUCCUAGGCCUCGGGGAUUCCUCAUAUGCCAAGUUUAACUUUGUGGCCAAGAAGUUGCACCGCCGGCUGCUGCAACUAGGGGGCAGCGCUCUCCUGCCCCCCUGUCUGGGUGAUGACCAGCAUGAGUUAGGACCUGAUGCCGCCAUCGACCCCUGGCUGGAAGCCCUGUGGGAGAAGGUACUGGGACUGUAUCCAGUGCCUCUUGACCUCCCUGUGAUCCCUCCUGGAAUCCCCUUGCCUUCCAAGUUCAUCUUCCAGUUCCUCCAGGAAGCCCCCAGCACAGGCUCUGGGGAGCUGAGCAUCACCAGCUCAGCCCCCCAAGGACCUGCAUCGGAGUUACAGCCCUUUCUGGCACCCAUGGUUGCCAAUGAGAGAGUCACCGGCCUCCAACAUUUCCAGGAUGUUCGGCUAAUAGAGUUUGAUAUCACAGGCUCUGGCAUCAGCUUUGCUGCUGGUGAUGUGGUUUUGAUUCAGCCCUCAAACUCAGCAGCCCACACCAAGCAAUUCUGCCAGGUGCUGGGCCUGGAUCCCAACCAGUACUUCGUGCUGCAGCCUCGGGAACCAGGUGUUCCCUGCCCACCAGGGCUUCCCCAGCCCUGCUCUGUAAGGCACCUUGUGUCCCAAUACCUGGAUAUUGCCAGUGUGCCUCGCCGUUCCUUCUUUGAGCUCUUGGCCUGUCUGUCUCCACAUGAGCUGGAGCGGGAGAAGCUGCUGGAGUUCAGUUCUGCCCGAGGCCAGGAAGAGCUCUACGAGUACUGCAACCGGCCCCGAAGGACCAUCUUGGAGGUGCUUUGUGACUUUCCAAACACAGCAGGUGCCAUCCCUGCAGACUACCUGUUGGACUUGAUCCCACAGAUUCGGCCACGGGCUUUCUCCAUCGCCUCCUCCCUGUUGGCUCAUCCUACAAGACUGCAGAUCCUUGUGGCUGUGGUACAAUACCAGACCCGGCUCAAGGAGCCCCGGCGGGGCCUCUGCUCCUCCUGGCUUGCAUCCCUGGAUCCUCAGCAAGCAGGACCUGUCAGAGUGCCACUGUGGGUUCGGUCUGGGGGUUUGGUUUUCCCAGAGACACCAGGCACACCUGUGAUCAUGGUGGGACCUGGCACUGGCGUGGCCCCCUUCCGAGCAGCCAUUCAGGAGCGUGUGGCCCAAGGACAGACUGAAAAUUUCCUGUUCUUUGGCUGCCGCCUGCGGGAUCAGGACUUUUACUGGCAACCUGAGUGGCAGAAGCUGGAGGAGAGGGGCUGCCUGACCCUAGUCACAGCCUUCUCUCGGGAGCAGCUGCCGCUACCAUCACCCUGGAGUCCUCGUCUAUCCAACCUGACUUUUGUCCUGGGGACCCCAUCGUGGGGCCCAGUGGCACCAUCUCUGCAACUACCAGUUCACCUUGGACUUCUUCAGCCCCUGAGCACAUGGACCCACUGUGCCAGCUAUCAGCAGAUGCAGAAGAUGACCUCAGGACUCCCCAAGGUGCCAAAACUCCAGACAGUGAGCCCCUGCUGGCUAAUGGGCACGGCCCCCAGCGCUGAUGUGGGCCGUGUGCGCUGCCCACUAUGUCGUCAGAAGACUCCCAUGCUGGAGUGGGAGAUCUGCCGGCUGCAGGAAGAGCUGCUUCAAGCUGAUGGACCCCAGCACCUGCCACAUCCCACAGCCUCCAUCCCUCCACGUCCUGGCCCUGGGCCCUGGGGCCUCCUGGAGCACCGCUACCAGCUGCGCUUCCUGGCAGGACCGUUGGGUGGCCAGGGAUGUCUGCCCUUCCUGCCCUGCCCUCCCAGCCUGGGCACCUGGCUGUGGGCACUACGGGAGCAUGGGCCCUGUGCCCGCCGCCUAGCUCUGCUGAGCCUUCUGGUGCUUGAGUUGCUGGGGCUGCUGCUCAUCUUCAUGCCACUCGUGCUUCUGGGGGUGCUCUUUAUGCUCCUGGACCGCUAUGGGCGGUAAACCCAUCCCAAGGUGGCCCUGGGUACCUACAUCUAGGGAUCCUGAUGUCCAACCUGGAAAGCUCAGGUCAGAUCCUUUGUUCAGCAAAGACCUGCCACCAUCACUGAACCCAAGACCAGGGCCACCCAAGAGCCAGAGGAAGCCAGAGUGGUCACUUCCCGUGCAGCCUAGAAACUGCCUGAACCAAGGACACCAUGACAAGGGCAGCUGCUGAAGGAGGCUGGUCCAGCAGGAAGUGCCGUAAACAGAGCCCCACGUGCUUGCCCUGGCUGGGCACAGUACAGGCCACGGGCAGAAGCUAAGCCACUCCUCCCCAUCCUGAGGUCCUUCUG